UGAGCUCAGGUGAGCUGGCUCCUCCUGUCUUGUCUCAGCAGCUGCCAGCAGGCAGAUCAUGAACCAUCGGCUCCUCCUGGGCAGGCUGUAGGACACCACAAGUCACCAAAGGACCAAGCACACCGGGCAUCAUGGGACAGUGUCGGUCAGCCAAUGCCGAGGAUGCCCAGGAAUUCAGUGACGUGGAGAGGGCCAUUGAGACCCUCAUCAAGAACUUCCACCAGUACUCGGUGGAGGGAGGGAAGGAGACGCUGACCCCCUCCGAGCUACGGGACCUGGUCACCCAGCAGCUGCCCCACCUCAUGCAGAGCAACUGUGGGCUGGAAGAGAGACUUGCCAACCUGGGCAACUGCAACGACUCGACACUGCAGUUCGGGAGCUUCUGGGAGCUGAUUGGAGAAGCAGCCAAGAGCGUGAAGCUGGAGUGUCCCACCCGGGGGAGCUGAAAAUCUUCCCCUGGAAUUGUUGGGGGGAUGUUGGGAAAAGGGGACCUUAGAGACUGGGGGCCUGGAAAUAAAACUCUUCUCUCCACCAUCAUCACUAUUCCCCAGCCCACACCUGCCUCACCUCUGCAAGGUUCAGGUGCAUAGUGGCCCUUCCAGGGUCCCUGCGCUUCAUCCUCGGGAGCUCUGUGAACCCAAUGGGUUCAGGAAGCCCCACCAGGGGGAGGCUCAGGGGGCGGGUUGGGGCCCGGGACGCUGGAGGGGUGAGGAAGGUGGAAAGGUCACGUCAUUUGGUAGUGGGGCCGGGGCAGAGAGGAGCUGGGCUAUGGGAAAUGAUUUGAUAGGGCUGGAUAUUUGGUAUUAAAAAAGGUCUCGGAGACCCUACCCCUUCUACUCUCUGCCCCAACCCUAACCAGCUGUCUGUCCAGUGCUAUGUCUUCCUGCCUUCAGCUCUGCCCCUGCCACCUCCCAGGACUGUCCUUGGGCUAGGGCAGGGGACGUGAGACAGCAGGGGGGCCGUGGGACAGGCUAAGGAGGGUGUGACCUUGGGAGUGAGAGGACCAGCUGGGUGCUUGGGCAUUUACAGAAUGAUGGUGGUUUUGUAUCAUUUGAUUAAUAAAACAAUGCAAAAAGUGAAAGA